GAGGAAUUGACUGCGAGUCUGCACAAUUUCAAGACCAAAGCCUUUAAAAAAUCCAAAGUCUGUGGAGUUUGCAAACAAACGAUCGAUGGUCAAGGUAGUUCGUGCCGAGCCUGCAAGUACUCUUGCCACAAGAAAUGUGAAGCUAAGGUGGUGAGUCCCUGCUGUGUGCAAGUCCACCCAGAGCAGGCUCCGGGGAGUUCUGUGCUGUCCACUUCUCCCUGCUGUGACACACUGUCGCGGCCUGCCGUACUAAGCCCCGCCAUGGAGAACAGCCCCGAGCUUGACCUCACGUAUGUCACAGAGCGCAUCAUCGCAGUGUCCUUCCCUGCCAGCUGCUCCGAGGAGUCCUACCUGCACAGCCUGCAGGAGGUCACACGCAUGCUCAAGUCCAAGCACGGGGACAACUACCUGGUAUUAAACCUUUCGGAAAAGAGAUACGACCUCACGAAGCUUAACCCAAAGAUUAUGGACAUGGGCUGGCCGGAGCUGCACGCACCACCCCUGGACAAGAUGUGCACCAUAUGCAAGGCGCAGGAGUCCUGGCUGAACAGCGACCCCCAGCACGUGGUUGUCAUUCACUGCAGGGGCGGGAAAGGACGCAUCGGAGUGGUUAUAUCUUCCUACAUGCACUUCACCAACGUCUCAGCCAGCGCUGACCAGGCCCUUGACAGAUUUGCAAUGAAGAAGUUUUACGAUGACAAAGUUUCAGCUUUAAUGCAGCCCUCUCAGAAACGCUACGUGCAGUUUCUCAGCGGGCUCUUGUCAGGAUCCGUGAAGAUGAAUGCCUCACCCCUGUUUCUGCACUUUGUCAUCCUCCACGGCGUCCCCAACUUUGACACAGGGGGAGCGUGCCGGCCUUUCCUGAAGCUCUACCAGGCGAUGCAGCCCGUGUACACGUCAGGGAUCUACAACGUCGGCCCAGAAAACCCUAGCAGGGUCUGCAUCGUCAUUGAGCCAGCUCAACUUCUGAAGGGUGACAUCAUGGUGAAAUGCUAUCACAAGAAGUACCGCUCGGCCACCCGUGACGUUGUCUUCCGCCUGCAGUUCCACACUGGGGCGGUGCAGGGCUGCGGGCUCGUGUUCGGGAAGGAGGACCUGGAUGGCGCCAGCACAGAUGACCGUUUUCCUGACUACGGGAAGAUUGAACUAGUCUUUUCGGCCACGCCUGAGAAGAUUCAAGGGUCUGAACACUUGCACAACGACCACAGCGUGAUCGUAGACUACAACACGGCUGACCCGUUGAUCCGCUGGGACUCAUACGAGAACCUGGGUGCAGAUGGAGAAGUGCUGCACACACAGGGCCCUGUUGAUGGCAGCCUUUAUGCGAAGGUGAGGAAGAAAAGUGCCUCGGACCCCGGAAUCCCAGGAGGCCCUCAGGCUGGCCCUACCACCAGCAGCCCAGACCACAGUGACCAUACCCUCUCGGUCAGCAGUGACUCGGGCCACUCCACAGCCUCGGUCAGAACCGAUAAGACUGAAGAGCGCCUGGCACCAGGAGCCAAGCGGGGCCUGAGCCCCCAGGAGAAGGCCGAGCUGGACCAGCUGCUCAGCGGCUUCGGCCUGGAAGACUCUGGGAGUGCUCUCAAGGAAAUGACGGAUGCCCCCAGCAAAUACAGUGGAGCUCGCCACGUGGUGCCGGCCCAGGUCCACGUGAACGGAGACGCCGCCCCAAAGGACCGGGAGACUGACAUCCUGGACGACGAGAUGCCCCACCAUGACCUGCACAGCGUGGACAGUCUCGGGACACUGUCCUCCUCAGAGGGGCCACAGUCAACUCCCAUGGGCCCCUUCACUUGCCACAAGAGCAGCCAGAACUCUCUCCUAUCCGAUGGGUUUGGCAGCAGUGUUGGUGAGGAGCAGCAUAGUGCCCCGGCACCUGACCUGGGCCUGGCCACGGAUGCCCUGUAUGAGAGGGAGCGGGUGUUCGGGAGCCGAGAGCCCCGGCAGCCCCAGGCCUCAUUGUGCAAACCAUCGGUAUCAGCGCAGACGCAGGCCUUCGGGCCCAGUGGCUACUCCACGCAGACCUGGGUGAGGCAGCAGCAGAUGGUGGCCGCGCAGCACUACAGCUUUGCCCCCGAUGGUCCGGGGCUCAGCCCUGCCCGGCCUGGAGCUCCACUGACACCCAGCCGCACCAGCAGCAGAGUAGUGGUGCAGAGGGGCAUGGGCAGUGGGCCGCAUGCCCCGGACACACAGCAGCCCUCUCCUGGCAGAGGGUUCAAACCCAGGUUUUCAGAGGCUGGAGUGAUGAAUGGAGCCACAGCAGAGCCGAGCACGGGCCCCUCCCCAGGCUCCCCCACCCUCGAUAUCGACCAGUCCAUAGAGCAGCUCAACAGGCUCAUCUUGGAGCUGGACCCCACCUUCGAGCCCAUCCCAACCCACAUGAGCUCCUUGUGCAGCCGGGCCAAUGGCUCUGUGGCCCCUGAUGGCCUGGGCAAUGGGCGCCGAGCCAGCAGCAGAGUACCUGAUGCAGGAGAGGACCCUGGACGUACACCUGGGCGGCAAGGCUCCCCAGGUGACGAGCCACUGGGCGGAAGACUCCGGAAGCUGAGCCUUGGGCAGUAUGACAAUGAUGGUGGGGGGCAACUGUCCUUCUCCAAGUGUGGAUGGGGAAAGGCUGGGGGAGACCAAGCUCCGGGCCUGGCGCCUUUCUCUUCUCCAGCAGACGUUAAAGAGACAAUGAUCGCCACCUAUGCUCCAGACCUUGAUAUGAUCGACGGCAGGAUUUUAAGUAGCAAGGAGGCCCUGUGUCUGACUCCAGCAUUUCCCGUGUCUCCAGAAACAUCGUAUGUGAAGACACCCCCGCGAUACCCUCCGUUCAGCCCGCCCGAGUCCCAGAUGGGCAGCCCCACCAGCCUGCACAAAGGAGGACAUGAACCACGAGGCUGCCCUGACACGCUCAGCCACGCUGUGGGGAUGUCAGAGAGCCCCGUCGGACCCAAGCCCGCCAUGCUCCGGGCCGAUGUGCCCACACCGCCCUCUUUUCAGCAGGCGUUUGCCUCUUCCUGCACGAUUUCAAGCAAUGGCCCCGGCCAGCGGAGGGACAGCCCAUCUGCUGUAGACCGCCAGUGGGUGGAGAGCAGCCCCAGGUCCACCCUCUCCCUGCUUGGGAGCAGCCGGCCUACAGGAAGUACCCUGGGCACCAGCGAGUUCUCCGGCCCCAGCAAGGACUCCCCGGUGCUGUCAUGCUUCCCGCCCUCGGAGCUCCAGGCCUCUUACCGCAGUCGCGAGCUGUCCCUGGCUGAUCCACCAGAAGCUCUGGCUCCCCUGAGCGGCCAAGCCUUUCUGGGCUUUGGCACCGCCCCAGGGGGCAGUUGCAUCCCACCCACGGAAGACCCAGGGGCCUUGCUGGUCAAUUCCCACAGGGUGUCCCCAGCCCCUGGCGCCCCGCUGACAGUGGCAGGGGGUGGGGGCUUCCUGUCUCACAACUUUCUCACAGUGGCGCCUGGACACAGUGGCCCCCACAGUGCAGGCUUACAGGGCCAGGGCGUGGUGCUGACAGGGCAGCCACCCCUCCCUGAGAAAAAGCGGGCCUCAGAAGGGGACCGUUCUUUGGGCUCCGUGUCCCCCUCAUCCAGCGGCUUCUCCAGCCCCCACAGUGGCAGCACCGUCAGCAUCCCCUUCCCAAAUGUCCUGCCUGACUUCUCCAAGACGCCAGAGGCAGCCUCACCUUUGCCAGAUAGUCCAAGUGAUAAGCUUGUGAUCGUGAAAUUUGUUCAAGACACUUCCAAGUUCUGGUACAAGGCAGAUAUUUCAAGAGAACAAGCGAUUGCCAUGCUGAAGGACAAGGAGCCCGGGUCCUUCAUCGUUCGGGACAGCCACUCCUUCCGAGGUGCCUAUGGCCUGGCUGUGAAGGUCGCCACACCGCCUCCUUCCGUUCUGCAACUGAACAAAAAAGGUGGAGAUUUGGCCAAUGAACUUGUCCGCCACUUUCUGAUUGAGUGUACCCCAAAGGGAGUGCGGUUGAAAGGGUGCUCAAAUGAACCCUACUUUGGGAGCCUGACGGCCUUGGUGUGCCAGCAUUCCAUCACGCCCCUGGCCUUGCCGUGCAAGCUGCUCAUUCCGGAGAGAGACCCCCUGGAGGAAAUAGCAGAAAGUUCUCCCCAAACGGCAGCCAAUUCAGCAGCUGAGCUUUUGAAGCAAGGAGCAGCCUGCAACGUGUGGUACUUGAACUCUGUGGAGAUGGAGUCUCUCACCGGACACCAAGCAGUCCAGAAGGCCCUGAGCAUGACUCUGGUCCAGGAGCCGCCCCCCGUGUCCACAGUCGUGCAUUUCAAGGUGUCAGCCCAGGGGAUCACCCUGACGGACAACCAGAGGAAGCUCUUCUUCCGGAGGCAUUACCCCGUGAACAGCGUAAUUUUCUGUGCCUUAGACCCACAAGACAGGAAGUGGAUCAAAGAUAACCCUUCCUCAAAAGUCUUUGGAUUCGUGGCCCGGAAACAGGGCAGUGCCACAGACAACGUGUGCCACCUGUUUGCAGAACACGACCCCGAGCAGCCCGCCAGUGCCAUUGUCAACUUUGUGUCAAAGGUCAUGAUUGGCUCUCCAAAAAAGAUCUGAGGGUCCAGACCUGAUGGACAGCUGUCACAGCCCUCCAG